AUGGGUUUAGGUAUUCUAGAAACGAAGUCGGAGCAUGUGCCAGGAACGGCGCCUUUGAGUGGUGGUCACGACUCUGAAACUUACACUGGUAUUGACCCCAGUUUACUAAAAUACGAUAGCACAGGUAAAAUAGUGCUUGUACCUCAGCCUUCUGAAUCUCCUAAUGACCCUUACAACUGGUCCCGGACAAAGAAGGAGCUUUUUACAAUUGCGUACGGAUGGGGUUGCGGCUGUGUCGGUGCUGUCGGUCCUCUGCUUGGAGGAGCAUUUGUGCCUCUGGCCGAAGAGUUCAACGUGUCAUUGUCAACCUUCAUCUCUGCUGUUCAGGGUGGCGCCAUUGUAGCGAUCGCUGUGGGAAGCCUCCUCUUCAACUCUCUAGCCGUCAAGUAUGGGAAACGCCCCGUUUACCUUGGAACAACUCUUGGACUCACUAUAUCCUGCUUCUGGGCCGCCGGCGCAAAGAGCUUUGAAUCUUUCGUUGCAGCCAGAGUCUUCUGUGGACUUUGCAUGGCACCGAUGGAGGCUUUGGUCCCAGCUUCUAUUUCCGACAUAUGGCAUGUUCAUGAGCGAGGAUUCCGAACCGCAAUUUUCAACCUUGGUGUCUUAGGUGGUAUCAACCUAGCCGUCCCAAUUGCUGCUGCAAUUAUUCAGUAUUCUUCAUACCAUGAGGCAUUAUACGGCAUGGGUGGAGCCUUUGCACUGACCUUUAUCCUGGUGUUCAUUUGGAUGCCUGAAUCGGCCUUCAAACGAGAUGCUCUGAACAUUGACACAGGACGGAACGAUGUCAACAUCGAUUCAAAGGAAAUGGUAGAAGAGUCUGAGCUUCAAGUUUCGACACGCACACUGUCUCCACCCGAAGAAGUCGAAAAGCGUAUUUCGUGGCUCCAGGAACUGUCACCUUGGAGUGGCUAUGUCAAUCAUGUUCCAUUUUCGAAUACUAUUAUUCGACCUUUUUACUUACUGGCAUCACCGCCUGUGUUAUGGGCCGUCUUUCUCUUCACAAUUUGCAUCUCAUGGCUUGUUGGUGUAUCUCUUGUCAUCUCACAGAUUUUCUCCGCGCCACCAUAUAACUUCUCGGUCAUCGCUGUUGGAGCAACAAACUUGUCAUCCUUUGUGGCAUCUGUACUUGGCACAAUCGUGUCAGGUCCUCUUAUUGACGGUCUUGUCACUAGGAUGUCCAAGAGGAACGGUGGCAUCUUUGAACCGGAAUUCCGCCUUCCCAUUAUGUUGACAUAUCUUCUUUUCACCUCGACUGGUUUCUUCGCCUGGGGCCAGUCCUCCGCAGUGCAAGAUCCUUGGCCUGUCCCCGUGAUUGUUGGCUUAGGAUUAAUCAACUUUGGAGCGCAACUAGGAACUACCGGUGUUGUCACUUAUGUGGUGGACUGUCACCGUGAGAAGGCUGGUGAAGCAUUUGCAACAAUGAAUUUUGUGAAGAAUAUGUUCUCUUUCGGGUUGACAUUUUACAUGAAUGAUUGGAUUGACAGCCAAGGGGUUCGCAAUUGCUUCUUCACGAUUGGUGGAAUCACUAUCGGUGUCACUUUAUUGACGAUUCCAAUGUGA